GAAUGCUUCGACAAGUCUCAACUAAAUGAAAAACAACUUGGAAUCCUCUAUACUGCGUCAUAGCAGGAAAUGAACACAAAAUGAAUGUCAGUGAGCAGAUAAAAGCGCCUUAUGACUGAUACAUUAUGCACAUUCUGUAAUUAAAUUGUAUCAUUGAUUUAUAAAGUGGUCAUUAGAGGAUCAGUGAGAUGUGAAAGGAGAAAAGGGAAUUUCUUUGAACAACUUUUUUAGAUAGUUUUCUAGUUUUAAAAUGUCAAUUUUAAUAAGAACAAUGGUUUGAAGUUGAAAUGUAUCUUUGGUGAAAAAAACAGACAGCACAGUUUAGUUUGCAUAAAAACGAGGAAAGUGUUUAUCUUUGGAUCGAUCUGAUGGUGAUACUCACCGCUGCAGAAAGGCAGUGACAGCAACAUUGGAGGCUAUUUCCAUUUCUACAAUGCCCCGUUUCACCAGGACUUAUUUGCAAUGCAGAGUCCAUCUCUGGUUCACCCAAACACAGAGCCCUUCAUUUCCGUCCACAUUCGGGCUUGGUUAUCGUCAUGUAAGGAUGCUCUCAGCUGCCCUCAACCAGACGAACUCAAGUUCACCUGCCUCCUGCGACGUGACGAAGUCCUCCGUCGAAGAGCGCGUGGUCGCAGCCGCCUAUUCGCUUUUUUUCAUUGUGGGCUUCCCGGCCAACUGCCUGUCCCUGUAUGUGGCCUGGAUGCUGAUGAGGAAAGGGAAGAGCGUGGCGGUCUACCUCUUCAGCCUGUCCGUCUCUGACCUGCUCUACACCGUUUCUCUGCCCGUGUGGAUUGAGCUGUCCCUGGGGAGGCCCGUGGGGGACGUGUGCAGCUCGUUGGCUGUGGUCAUGAACAACAGCUUCUACGUGGGCUCGGGCCUCCUCUGCUGCAUCUCCGUCGAUCGCUACCUGGCGGUGGUUUAUCCUCUCCACUGUCACCGGGUUCGAGAGGUGCGGACCGCCGUCGUCGCGUGCGUUGCUGUUUGGAGCCUGGAGAUUGCCGUGCACAUCGUCCUGCUUGAGCACACAGGGUCGCUGGUGGCUUUCUCCUCCAGCAACUUGUGCGUAGAAAGAAUCCCCAUGAGCCGCGAAGACGCCGACCUCGCCCUCACUCGAGUCGCCCUGGGGUUCUUGCUCCCCGUUUUCAUCAUGACGUUUUGUUUUCAGCAGAUCAUGCGGUCUCUCCAACGGAGCACCUCCAUCCUGAAAGGGGAGCGCAGCAGAGUGGGACACCUGUUGUUUUUCCUUCUCCUGACCUACGUAGGGGCCUUCAUGCCCUACCAGACCGUCAUGCUGCUGAGGGCCGUGCUGGAGCCGGGGGACUGCGAAUGGGCCUUCAGGCUCAGAGAUCCGUACCUGAUCACAGUUGCCAUGACCACCAUUAACAGCACUCUGGAUCCUAUAAUCUACUGUUUAAUCAGUGAGAGCGCUCAGAACGAGAUUAAGAAAGCUCUAGAGAAUUGUCGGGGAUUUUUGAUGAGGAGAAAAGGGUCGGAGGGCACCAGCGGAGUUUAGUUUGUUUCCUAACAUAUAUUUUAGUUAUUUGUAACAAUUGUAACCCAAAUGAAAUAAUUAAACAGAUUUUAUGUUAA